GGGCGAGGGGAGCCGCCGCCCUGUCACUCCCUGAGCCAGCCGCCGCCUCGCCGGAGAAGCCCCAUGUCCUCCGGGCGCCGCGCAGCCCCGCAGCUCGCCGCGCCGUGAGGGCGGCGGACACCUCGCACCUCCCCACAGGGCACAGUAUAGAACUAUGAUAGCAACCGGAGGAGUCAUAACAGGACUGGCUGCCUUAAAAAGGCAAGACUCUGCCAGAUCUCAGCAACAUAUAAACCUUGCCACAGCACCAGCUCCUGAGGAGAAGAAACCAGUUAGACGUCGGCCCAGGGCAGAUGUAGUAAUUGUCAGGGGCAAAAUCCGUCUCUAUUCUCCAUCGGGAUUCUUCCUUGUUUUGGGAGUGCUUAUUGCGUUCUUGGGAAUUGCAAUGGCCAUCCUUGGAUACUGGCCCCAAAAGGAGCAGCUUUUAGGAUCUGAAGAGAAUCUAUCUGUAAAUGAAACCCAGGUCCUGAGGAGCCAAGGAAGCAUUUUACUUCGUUUCUUUGAACAGCAUGUGCACUCGGAUAAAAUGAAAAUGCUGGGCCCUUUUACUAUGGGCAUUGGAAUCUUCAUUUUUAUUUGCGCAAAUGCCAUUCUGCAUGAAAACCGUGACAAGGAAACAAAAAUCAUACACAUGAGAGACAUAUACUCCACUGUAAUAGACAUCCACACGCUGAGGAUCAAGGAACAAAAGCAGCUGAGCGGUGCUUUCACUGGCUUGUUGGGGGAAGGAGAACUCAGGCACAGCGGGAGCUCGUGUGCAUCACGGCUGGCUGCGAACACAGUUGCACCUUUCUCUGGCUUCAAGAGUAAUUUUCGAAUGGAUAGUUCUGCUGAAGAAGAUGAGAUUACCCUAAAUGAAGAUAGGACCACUGGUAGCCUCCUGCCACCUCUGCUGACUGAGCAAUCAGGUUCAGUCUUUGGACUUUACCCUCACUCCAGCAAGGCUUCAGAUGACAAAAACACUAGCUCUAUAAAGUGUGAAACAAAAUCCAUCGUAUCAUCUUCCAUUAGUGCUUUCACACUGCCAGUAAUUAAACUGAAUAACUGUGUUAUUGAUGAGCCCAGUAUAGACAACAUAACUGAGGACUCGGAGAUCACUAGGAGUCGGUCUAGAAACCUGUCCAUGGAUUCUCUGGCCAUUCCACUAACUGAUACCAAUGAAUCCUACAGACCGGUCGCUGCCAUGCUGCCACGACACAAUUCUUUUGUGGACACUCCAUCUGAUCAGUUCAAAUCUUCUAUGACUCUUGGGCCAAGCACAGGAAAGCUUUUAUCCCCUGGUGCUGCCAGGAAACAGUUUGGGUCCAACACAUCUUUGCAUCUCCUGUCUUCACAUUCGAAGUCCCUGGACUUGGAAAGGGGUCCGUCUACACUUACUGUCCAAGCGGAACAAAGGAAGCACCCCAGCUGGCCCAGACUGGAUCGGAGCAACAGUAAAGGGUAUAUGAAACUAGAAAACAAAGAGGACCCAAUGGAUAGGUUACUGGUGCCACAAGCAGCAGUCAAGAAAGACUUUACUAAUAAGGAAAAGCUUCUUAUGAUAUCAAGAUCUCAUAAUAAUCUGAGUUUUGAACAUGAUGAGUUUUUGAGUAACAACCUAAAGCGGGGAACUUCUGAAACAAGAUUUUAAUAUUGAAAUUGCAAUUUAGAAGAUGUCAUACAGUAUUUUUAAAAAAAAAACAUUUUGACAAGUGUUUCCUUUUCAGUGAGACUAGUACAAGCCUGUUUUUAACCAAAUGCUUAAUAGCCCAUUAAAAUUGGCUUGUGUGAACAGAGAUCUCUUCAUCUUUGUAAUGCCAGGAGUUUUUUGUCUUAGUAACAUAGAGCUGCAAUACUGUACAUUAUCAUUGCUCAGAGAGUUUUGGUACAACUCAUUCCAAUUUUUUCCCAAGUCAUUAUUUCUUUUGUUCUAUAUAAGCAUGUUACUUUUUUGUCAAUUUGACUCCAGAAGCCUGCAUUAGAAAAAAAGCUCCAUUUACCUGUAAGUUCUGUUUAUUUAAUGACCGCAAGAGUCUAAAAAAGGUGCUUGCGGUCUAGAAUGGGAAGUGAGCAGGAGCACAUACUGGAAUUGUCAAAUCCAGGCCUUUAUCCUAGGUGUUGUCUUUCACAUACGGUACCUCUCGGUAACUGCAGUCUUGCCAUUGUCAUUGUGAGAAACUUGUUUACAUAUUGGGGUGGGUGGAUAGAAAAGAGUGGGUAUAAUUAAAACCAUUUUUGUGAAUUCAUUGUAAUCGGUCGAGUUGAAUACAAGUGUUGUGAAUUAUUAACUACGCUUUGUAAAAUAAUCUUUCUACAUCCAUUGUAGUUUAAUCCUGUAAUUCUGGGAAAACAUAUAUAAAGUAAGAAACAUGAAAAUUCUUCUGGGAUAUAGUUCUCUAAACCACUUUGAUUGGCAGCAGUUUUAAAAUCAAAAUAUACAGAUUCAAUUAAAAUCGUAGGAGCAUGAUGAAUGCCAACAGGAUUUUAGAAACACGAUGCAUAAUAAGAUUAUAUUGUGAUAUGCAUCUGAAGAGAAUAAUGGAAAUGGAUAUAUUGCCUCUCAUUACAAUAGCAAAAAGCUAAAUAACUAGAUCUCUGUGUUCAAAAUACUGAUACAAAGCAUACAAUUCAAUAUGUACACUAACAUAGUAUGAAAGCCCCUUGCCUAAAUUUCGAUUUAUAUAUUUCACAUAAUUAUUGGUGUGAUGGUUCACUGAAGGCUUAGCUGUGGCAAUUUGCAUUACAAGAUUUUGCAAAAGAAAGUGACAUUUAAAACAAUGUUUUUCUCAGCAAAGCAAGCUUCACAGUUGACAGUUGUAGGCUAUUGCUAAAGAAAAAUGAGAAUUUGAAUGUGCAUACCAGCAAGUUUUCAUGUAUUUCAUUAAGGUAUUUAGGCCGUGAUCCUGCCAUGACAGCCAUGCUGGAGAGUGUCACUUCAAGUCUCAAGGCUCACCUAACAGGAUGUUGGUCUUAAUUGGGCGGUUUUGAUAUGUUCACUUAACAUAAAUACUCAGGAAUUAUUUUGAAUGGCUUUUCCCAAAAAGAAUCAAACCUGUUAAAAUGUCAUUGUUCCUCAAUAACUUUGAUUGUGAAAGAUCAAAGACAAAAAUGCCCUCUCUGUUUUUUAAUAUUCAGCUCCAUAUUUCAACUGCGCAAUGUUUAUGUAUCAGGAGCAUUCCUUGCUCAGUGAAUUGAGGCAUAGUGUUAACUGUUAGAACCUCAAGCCUAUAUAUUGUAACAGAGUUGGCUAAAUAUUUUGCUAUGAAGCUUUUAAUAACUUUCUGGUUUGUGUUCUUAAGACAUUUGCUAUUUUUUGAAAUAAAAUAAAAUGUCUAUCUACAUAUAUCUGUUGUAAGACCUGUUUUUCCUCUCUGAUCUCAAAUCUUCCAUAUCAAAGUAUAAUUGGGGAUUGUAACAUUGUAUAUGAUAUAUUAGCCUGCCACUAGAUAUUUGAUUAUGACUAAUUGACUUCAAUGACAUCUCUACACAUGUAAAGGUUGAGUAUUUUUUUUUUCCCGUGUAAUGUGAAAUGUAUUCCAAGUGGUUUUGAUAUAAGGAAGUUUUAUGUAAAAAGAACAUCCUGUUCUUUUUAGGUUGGCAGUAAGGAUUCUUAUAAAAAUG